AUGCGUUGGUUGCCAACCCUAAUUUUCUCUCCUUCCUCUUCUCAUUCUUCCAAAGUUUCAUCGGCAUCGUCUUCGUCUUCGUCUUCCUCUUCGUCUACCAUUACAUCUCCUUCUACGUUAAAACAUUCUCCUUCUUCUUCCGAUGUUUCCGAUACUCGGAAACCCUCACGUGGCAUGUGGUUUUUCGGUAGCGGUAGAAAAUCCACGCGGUCGAGGAAGCUUCGACAUGUUGACGUUGUUCACAUUGAAUACGACGUUGCUUCAGCGCCUGUUUCUCGUUCCCCGAGCACACGGAGCUACAUUCGGUCUAGUACUUCUUCCUCCGUUGCGCCUCAGCCGUUGCCGUUGCCGGAGUUAGCUUCUCCGGCAGGAUUGCAGAGGCAUAGAGAUGGUGAUCUUCGUUUGCCGUCGCCUAAAGAAGCCUCUGGUAGAUCCUUUGAAUCUGAUGUGCAUACCGUCGUAUCUCUUCCCACUGGAUUUAAGAUGCGGAGUGUUUUUGCUAGCCGAGAGUCAAGAAAAAAUACGGAGCAUAUGGAGACAAAGCCACCCGGAAAUAUGAUGGUGCGUCAAGAUACAAGUGGUGCUGCAACUCCAAGCUUUCGAGAAAAUAGCUUCCGGAUAAGUGUCCCUCCAAGGAGUGCUUCAAGCAGUCCCUUUACCAGUCCCACAACAAACAACACCAAACAUGACGAUUUUGUGCCGUAUUAUUAUGUGUCACCUAAAGCAAAUCAGUUCUGGUCUGCACCAGAAAUGCCAACAUCUACAGGACAACCACCUCCUGCCUUCUUUGAUUUAUCUGCAUUACGUAUUGAUUGUGCCUCUUCUCCCCAUCAAAGUUCUGGAGGAAAAAGUCCCAAACAACAAAACCCUUCUUCACCCCUACCAAGGUUGUCCCUCGACUACCCAACACCUUCACGUCGUGAGAGUCUUGGUCCUCCUCUCAGUGUUCAUCCUUUACCCUUGCCUCCUUGGUCUGGGUCUGCCUUACCUUCACCCUCUGCUACCUAUUCCCAACCUGGGGGAACUAAGACAGAAUCAGUAUCUAUGAAAAGUCAAUGGCAAAAGGGUAAACUUAUAGGGCGAGGUACUUUUGGAAGUGUUUAUGUUGCCACUAAUAGAGAAACUGGAGCAUUGUGUGCAAUGAAGGAAGCAGAAAUAUUUUCUGAUGAUCCAAAGUCUGCAGAGAGUAUAAAGCAGUUAGAUGAAAUUAAAGUUCUUAGCCAUCUGAAACAUCCAAACAUUGUGCAGUAUUAUGGUAGUGAAAUAGUAGAAGACAAGUUUUAUAUUUAUUUGGAGUUUAUCCAUCCUGGUUCAAUAAAUAAAUAUGUUCGUGACCACUGUGGCGCGAUAACAGAAUCCGUUGUUCGGAAUUUCACACGACAUAUUCUUUCGGGGUUGGCUUACUUGCACAGCAAAAAGACAAUUCAUAGGGAUAUCAAAGGGGCUAACUUGCUUGUUGAUUCUUCUGGUGUUGUUAAGCUUGCUGAUUUUGGGAUGGCCAAACAUGAUCUUUCAUUUGAAGUUCAGGGAUUAAGAGCACAUUUGUACUUACUUUUGUGA